UAUCUAUCAUUAUUUAUCUAUACGAAUGGUCUUUAUUCACGUGCAGCACAACUGCCAUAUUAUAAUCGUCGUGGUUGUCUGUCGAUAAUGAAUUGGCUAGCCAGAUUACAAUAUCAACAACAACAACAACAACAAAAUAAUAAUAAUAAUCGACCAAAACGACCAAUAUCUAUUCGUAAUCAAAUUUGUUCAAAUCUUUUCGGACAAAUUAUGUCCGAAAAUCAUUUAGGUUUUAGUUGUGGACAAAUAUUUCCAAUUAGUAAAUAUAAAUAUGUUGAAAUAUUUAUAAUGAAUUUUGUAUUAAUACUUUUAUUUUAUAAAAAAAUCUGUUUAACAUAA